AUGAAAGCACGUGAUCUCGGACGAGCAUCGGAAGCUGCCUGUUUGACUUCUGCACUGACCCAGGGGCUAGAGCGAAUCCCAGACCAGCUCGGCUAUUUGGUGCUGAGCGAAGGCGCAGUGUUGGCGUCAUCUGGGGAUCUAGAGAAUGAUGAGCAGGCAGCCAGUGCCAUCUCUGAGCUGGUCAGCACAGCUUGUGGCUUUCGCCUGCACCACAGCACGAACAUACCCUUCAAACGUCUGUCUGUGGUCUUUGGAGAACACACGCUGCUGGUGACCGUGUCAGGACAGAGGGUUUUUGUGGUGAAGAGGCAGAACCGAGGCCGGGAGCCCAUUGACAUCUGA